AUGACAAUUAACAAUCAAAUUGUGGCGCCUGGCGAUAGAAUAUUGGAUCGACUUGGAGAAUAUCAAAUGGGAAAUGGAUUGUUCGAAUCAAAUAAUGUUAUUUAUGCAUCACAGGCUGGAUAUGUUAAUAUUUAUUCGCACACAGAUGUAAGAAUUGAAAAGACUAGAUUUUUAAAUCCAAAAAGUUAGAGAUUGAAACUUUGGCUGGAAAUCGUACGUUUCACUAAUUUUAGAUUAAUUGGUGAAAUUUACGACUGUCAGACAAAUUUAAAUGUACAAAAACGUGACCUACACGUGUCAAAAGUCAUUUUCAGAAAUUACGAGCUUUUUAUAAAAAUUUGAUCAACUUUUGACGUGACAUUUUCGAUCUGAAAAUUUCACUAAUUUUCGACGAACCUGUGCAAUUUGCAAUUUUCAGCUCGAAAUUAGCUGAGAUGCAGAAUCAAUUUUUCUCAAAUUCAAACUAAAAAUAAUACAUUCCAAAAAAAAUUUCAGAAAUCAGAUCAACUCGUUCAAAUAAUCGAAGUUCGCCGACACGAAGAUCAAAUCGAAAACGAACUUCUACCUUUCACUGGAGCUGUUGUCACAGCAAAAGUUAUGGCAUUGGGAUUAAGAUACGCGAAAUGUGACAUCAUCAGCAUCGGCGACAAACCGUUCAAAAAACGAUUUUCAGCAUUGUUACCCAAAAAUAAGCUGAAACCCAAAGAACCCGAAUUAGUAAGCUUUUUUCUUUCUUUUAAUUGGAAUAUGUUGAGUUUCCACAUUAGGCAGAACCGUUCAAAAAUUUCACUCGACCCGGAGAUUUUAUAUUGGCAAAAGUUGUGGAUGAUCCAAGUAUCAAGGAUAAAUAUGUUUUGAGUAUUGCAGAAGAUCAAUUGGGAGUUGUGAGUUGUUUUUUGAAAAAUUAUUAUUUGUGACUGCCACCACACCUCGGCCAAAAUCGUGGUUUUCAAAAGUCAAAAUUGUACGCUAAUAUUUUUUCAAUGUAAAAACUGUAAAUUUUCAGUUUUUGUCCCUCUGAAAUGCUAAAAUUCAGAUAUUUUCUAAAAUUGUACUCUUGACCACAACGGAUUGGCCGAGGUGUGACUGCCACGUCAUAAUUUAAUUGUUUCCAGGUUCUCUGUGUUGGCUCAUAUGGUGAACCAAUGAUGAAAGUCGACUGGAAUCACAUCAGAUCAGCUCGAACUCGAAAAAUAGAAAAACGAAAAUUGGCAAUUGUUCCGCAAUCUUGGAUGUUGGCCGAUUCUUCGAAAUAAUGAGUUAGUACUUACCGGAAACAAUUUUUGGAACUUUUUAAAAUUGCUUUUUGUUUCAGAACAGAAGAGAUCUCCGAAAAUAUGAUGUCAAAAUAUGUAAUUCCUCCUCAUUCUAAAUGUGUUUUCUUUUUUCUUCUAUAAAUUUUUAUUUUGUUUCUUCUUUGUUGAUUCCUAGAAGAACUACACAACUUUUUUGCCGCCCAUCGCAAUGAAUUUUUUGGUGCGAUUCGAAAUGCAUACAAAAAUGUUUUUUUUCUCUGUUUUCUAGUGCUCACUUUUUUGGGAUAGAUAAAGCUUGAGUAAAUAUUUUCUUUUUUCAGAUAAAAAAAGAAGACAACACGGAGAUGAGGUUUGUGGGUUCCUGUAGGGGAUUUGAGAUUUUCGAAGAAAAGAAUUUGAAUUUUUGAACCUUUUUUUUCAGUUGAAGUUUGAAUCAGGCCUGUGCCGGAAAAUCAAAACCCGGAAAACGGAAAGUCGGAAAAUUUCCGGAUUUUUUGAACCGGAAAUCCGGAAAAUUCGGAAAAUGUUUCAAAGUCUGAAAUUACGAUUUCCAGCCUUAAGUUGGCACUAAAACUUAUUUUUAUCUACAAUUCUUCUAUUCACAGGUAAUUUAGUAACUAUUUGGGACGUCUUACGUUCAAAAAAUAGUACAAUUUGAAAAAUUGAAAAAAAAAUUUCCGAAAAUUUCAUUUUUUCUAUCAUAAACUGAGAAAAUUUUCCAAAAUUUAGGCAAUUUUGAAAAUAUUACUACUAGAGAUCAUUUCCGGAUUUUCCGAGCACAUUUUCCGGAAAACCGGAAAAUUGAUUUUUCCGUGAAAAAACCGGAAAAUCCGGAAAAUUCGGAAAAUUUCCGGCACAGGCCUGGUUUGAAUUCAGAAAGUUAUGUUCCUUUAAAUUUAUCUCCGGAGAUACUGUAUCAAUUAAAAAAAAGGAGAUUAAUCUAUAUUGUUCAAUAAAAGUGUUUUCGAGUAGAAAAAAAAAUCAAAAUUUCUUGAAAUAUGAUCCAGAGCAUUUUGAGAUUAAAAAAAGUCUGUGAAGAAAUUUCCAAGUCAAAUUUUGGUUCUCGAAAUAUUUUAUGUCUAUUUUCCGAGAAAAAAACUUGUCUGGAAUUUUCGAAAACAAAUUUCAAAUUUUCUAAAUUAUUUCUGAAUUUAAAAAAACUUGAAAAUUGUUACUCUCGAAACAGAAGAGUAUUGUUUCACCAAGUUACCGUAACCCGAACAAAUUAGAUCUUCAGCCAAUUUUUCAGUCAUCAAGCAUCGCAUUUUCGACUCAAAAAACGCACCAGAUUUCGUGAGUUCUUCUAAAUUUUUUUUUCAACAAAAAAACUUUCUGACAAUUCCAGAUUUUCAACCUCAAAUCGAUCCAGCCGCUGAUCGAAUUUGGAGCAUUGGAAAUGUUAUUUAUAAAAGACAACAGGAAUUGGCACGAUCUUUUAGAAAUCGUGAGUUUUUUUUUCAGAAAAAUGGAAAAUUUGGAUUUUGAAAUUGAUUUUUUUGCAGAAGAUGAUUCGAGUUUCGAUUAUAUUGAUAUGAUUUCUCAGAAUUCGGAAUCUUUGAGGUUUGUGAAUUUGGGGAAGUUUAGUUUUUUAGUGGGAUGAGAAGUUAAUUUCAAAUACGCGGGUAAAAAUUUGAGUUUUGGAAAAUAAUAGAUUUAGUAUAGAUUCUCGAAUUAAAAAAUGUUGUUAGAAAAUUAUCUGGGAAAAAAUAUUUUCUGAAAGAAAUAAUUGAAAAUUUUCAUAAUUGCUACAGUAGCUUUACUACAGUAGAACUGCUAGUUUUUGAAAAAUAACAAGUGAGGUUUCAAAACAAUUUUGAGCUCCAAAAUUCAAGAAUCAAAGCUCUAACAGAAUCUGAACCUGAUCUUACAAUUAAAUUAAGUUAUCCUAAAUCUGUCCUCAAGAUUUUGGGCGUGGCUUCUUCUUCUUCUUUUUUUGUCUAUGUGUCCAAGGCAACAAAUGUAAUUAUACAAUCACCUGCUCUUGUUUCCAACAUUCUCUCAAAUAUAUAAAAAAUCCAAUCCAAUUUCCAAGGUUUUUUUUCCCCGAAUUUUUCUCACAGCCGUCGAAGAAAAAAGUGGCGUCGGCUCGGCUGAAAAUUAUUGUUUUUUGAUUAUUUUUUGUGGCCGCAGAAGGAUUUUUGACUCUACAAAUUCAUUUUCUCACUUAUUUUUCACUUUACUAAUUAUUCCUAUUUAUAUCACUAAAUCGAGUGAUUGAGAAUGUGGAAAGCUCGAAUUUUGGAGGCUGCGAGACGGGAAAAAGAACGCGAGGAGAAAGAUCGAUGGAAGACUAUUAUCAAACAGAAAUUGAUUUUGACAACAAGGUAG